AUGGAAGGAAAGUGUGAGGAGGCUCUAAUGGCAAAUAAAUUUCUAAAAGCAGAAAUAUUACGACGUUCCAAUGUUGUUAAACAACAUAGCGAAGUCAUAAGCAAUAUUGAACAAUACAGCCGACGCGAUUGUGUAGAAAUAAGCGGCCUACCCGAAGAAUCAGACGAAGAUACAAAUGCACUAACAAUCAAAGUUGGCUCUCUUAUGGUUUUGAAAAUCAAUGAGAGUGAUAUCUCUGUAAGCCAUCGUCUGCCACUGAUACAUCAGUCUCAAAGUUAUUCCUCAAGAUUAAGGCCAAGAGCUGGGGCUGUAUCAAAUACUGUUGAUCAACAUCCAAAAAUUAUGGUCAAAUUUGUAAGAAGAGACACAAAGGACCUAUUUUUGUGGCAGUAG